AUGUCGCCGGCGGACAACCAUACGCCCCGGAAGGCGGAUCCGUCUCCGAGCCCAGGACCAGAACAUGUCAUUGACGAAUUCAUCUCGGUAGUCAAUAAACUAUCCUCCGACAAGAGCUUCCAAGGUAUGAAGGACAUUGCUCUGCAUAAUAACAAACUCAGAAAGGAGCUCGACGAGACUACGACCGCCUACAACAGAAACCUCGGCGAGUUGACGCGACUGACUGUGGAUCGACACGCUGAAAAGGCGAGGUUUGAAAAGACGAUACAGGAGCAGGCCAAGCAACACAUCAAAGCCACAGAGGAAAAAGCGGCAGCUUAUCGAAAGCUCAAGGGAGAGCAAGACACCGCGACUGGAUUGCGAGAGAAGAUCAAGGCCCUUGAGAACGAUGUAAAACGAUCAAUUGCAACCGUCAAGAGCCACGAAGACCACGCUGCGAAACUCGUCAAAACUGUCACCACUCAGGAGGAAAAACUGGAUUUGGCGAGCAAAGAAAUAUCCAAACUGCAGAAAGAUUUGCAAUCCGCCAACAACAAGCUCAAAUCCCAAUCCGAAGCCUUGAUGACAGCCCAGAACGAGCUCGCUUCAUUUCGAUCCUGCACAGCAACAUUGACACACCUGAGGGUCGUGAGACCGAAAAUCUCCCAAAUGUUGGCCAUGACGUUCAACGAAGCCACCGACCUGUUCAGGGCAUUCCUCGGCCACGACAUGGGUGAAGAUCAGCUGCAGAACCCCAGAUGCUGGGACCGUAUCAGGGAUCACGCAGCCAUACAGCGUGCGAUCCCGCUUCCCGCCUCAAACUCGGCCCCGGCGAAGCGGAUGCGGGUCAUCGCCGGCCUGUCAAUUUACGCCAGGGCACUCGCCAGCUUCGUCUUGCAGCCGACGUACCUCUCCUUGGGUACAGGUGCCGAUAAUAUGUUGGAUAUGCUACCUGGGGCAAACCUGUACCAGGAUGAGCUUGUUCGUUCUGUGCUGCUCGCGGUAUUGCCCGAUCAGCAGAAGACGCGCCGAGACGAAUGCGCCGAUCUUGCCGUCGAGGAGGUCGUGGCGGCGGUGGCUGGUAUUGUACCGGCCGAGCAACACGCGCCGUUCAAGUUGAAGCUCAGUCAUCUCACAGGCGAGCUGUGCAGCAACUGGCAGUUGGUGCAGAGGCUUAAAGAACGAGUUGGGCCGUGUUUUGCUCUAGAGAACCUCGACGAUUGGCAACCACUACCGAGAUGGCCAGGUCCGAGUCCGUCAGGGAAUAGCACGAAGUCGACUCCACCACGACAGGGAGGCAAGGAAAGUCAGCCAAAGCGGCCAGAGUCGGAGCCUGCAACAUUUUCCGUCGGAGAUGUAGUCAAGGUUGUGUGGCCGGCUUUUGUUGACGUCACUGCCGACCAGGCCGAAGAUGGCGAAGAAAACCCAUCAGAUCUCAUUCAUCAUGGGUAUAUGCUCACACGGGGCGAUGCCCAAGACGCCGCGAAUGAGGAGAUGCCGCGGCGGGCCAUGCGGAGAACGGUGCGCGACGGCAAUGCCGUGGCGCAAAGAAGGAGGCGAGACUCGGCGGUUUUUUUAUCACAGGGAGCGUCCGAUGGAUCGGCCGGCAAGUAG